CGACAUCCUGUGAAGAGCAAAGUUGUUUUAGCGGCACCGGUAUCUAUUCUGGGCGUCCUGUCGUCCGUUCUACGAGAACGUAAAAGCAUCGAUGUGAUCGUCGCUCAUCUUCUCUUGACGGCUCUCGUCAUGUCUCUCUGGCAUCUACUCGUCAGCCUGUGAAGUACGGAAGCAGCAGCUGAUAUCAUUGCAGACCUGGGUGUUACCAUUUGAAUUUUAUUACUUAAAGAGCAUUUAUUUUAUACAUUUACUUAAUAUGUCUCGUUAACGAUGUAAAGUUACGGUUUAAUUAACUUCUUACUGUUUUAAAUAUAUAAGCAUGCAGUGCAGCACCUCCUCCUCCUCUCCUCCUGAGACCCCGCAGACGGGUGGAGACCGGGCAGAACUUACCCAGCUGCCCUCUAAAGAUGUCUCAUUUGCGGACAGCACGUCUGAGCUGAGCAGCCCCAAAGCACUGACCUUUGACCUCCUCAACAUGGUGAUCUCCUUCAAGCGGAUGGCCAUCUACCUGGAGCCCAUCACAGACACGGUUGAGGUACUGCGGUACCUUCUUGGAUGGAGAAUGCCAUGGUGCUCCCUGUUGAGUUGCAUCCUGCUCAACAUCCUCUUCUUAACUCUGAGUGAAGGUGUUUGGAUCUCUCUGCUUCUGCUUGGGGUCUCGGCUCCAGCCGUGCUGGGUUACCUGGGCGAUCGCUGCAAGGGCGUCACCAGCGAGAUGGCGGCUCAGAGGAAGAAACACUAUGCGGUCCAGCGCAGAGACCUUCAGAUGGUUCACAUGAGCAAACAGGAAGCCAUGCUGGAGGUCAAGGGCAUGCUGAAACGCAUUGAUGACCUGUUGACCCAGACGUGUGUGUAUGCAGAAUCUGUGUAUAAGGUUUUGUAUUGGGAGAGCCAUGCGGUGUCCUCCAUGUUUUACGGUUCAGUGCUGACAGCGGUUUGUUUACUGUACACGGCCCCUGCGGGUUUAAGCCUGUCUGUACUCAACAGCGCCCUCUUUCUUUGGAACAAAGACUUCUGCAGAGUUCUUCUGGAGCUGAAGGAGUUUGUUUUCCCGAGUCGGGUCCAGCCAGCCGAAGAAACGGAACCGUGUGAUUCUGAUCAGGGACAACUGCUGGACCGCACGCCCACACCCACCAGUGUGGAGGAUCUGUCGCCUGGCAACAUUGAAGAGGCGGAGGAGGCGGAGCCUGAUGAUGAGUUUAAAGACGCAAUAGAGGAAACUCAGCUGGUGCUGCCGGUUUGGCCGGUAGUCAAUUUGCUACCAAAGGUCUUGUGGAGGCGGAGACUCCGUAAGGACGACGAAGACAUGUCGUCUGGUGCUCCUGAGUUUGACACCGUGUCUGAUAACGGAUUGUUGAGUAGAAACGAGCCCAUCCGCAGUAAAGUCUCCAAACUUACAGAGAAACUACGCAAGCGGGUUCCUUCCAACACCGGGAACUGUUUCCAGUGUAAUUCAGCGUUUUCUGUUUUAAAGAAAAGGAGAAACUGCAGUAACUGUGGGGUCAGUUUCUGUUCUCGCUGUUGCUCUCAUAAAGUCUUCAAGUCCACUAUGGGAGCCACAGCUCCUGAGGCUCAGAGAGAAACUGUGUUUGUGUGUACUACGUGUAAUACCUUCCUGAGCACCAAGUAGGCGACCCUCAUCCCCAAAUGACCACUGUAAACCUGUGCAAGCCCCUCAGCAUCAGGAACUAAAGGUGUGGGCUUCAAGAUGACUGCUUUUUCCUGCGUCAUGGAAUAUUUGACAUGGAGGACCAAAAUCUUGAGUUGGAUGCUGCCUUCGUUUUUCCCUUGCUGCACAAAAAAAGACUCUAAAUGCACCCCUUGACUUCUGCUUGGUGACAUUUUCCUUGGGGCAUAUUCCCUAGUCAAACCCAACACUUACACCAAAGUACAUUGUUGCUCGUAUACUUUGACAUGUGCUAAAAUAUCAGUUCUGUCAUUUCGCCACCCCUCACUAUGACAUCACUUUGCAUGACUGCCCUUGAUUGGGAAAAGGCUGCUCAGAUGAGGUGAUAUAUUUUUUCAUUAACCUUUUAACUUAACUCUGAUUUCUAUUGGUUGUAUUAUUGCUAUUAUUUGUGUAAUUAUGUCUAAGAAAAACUUUUAAUGGACCUUCUCAGUACAACCAGUUCUCCACUAAUCAGAAUAUUGCCCUUGGAUUAUUAGUGGACUGUUGGCCAAUCGGUGCACAGUGAGAUCAUAAUGAAAUAUAAUAAGGGUCAAAGGGUCAGUUUGUUUCUCUUUUGUUCACAUUUUUUUUGUCUUUUGUGUUAUGCUAUUUGUCGAUCUGACUGUAAGUCGAAGCUGAAUGUAAAAUCAGAGUUUUAGCUGUUAAAAACGUAUGUACCGUAUAUCUACCCUGUAGCCUGUUUAUUUGAUCAUGUCAACUCUUAAAUGUCCAAUCUGUUGGGUUUCAGUAGCCUACAUUGUAUAGCAACUAUGCUAUUUCGCUGGUUAAAUCUAUACUGUUACAGUAAUAAACUUUCUGACU